AUGUCGGUCCCAUUCCUCGUAUUACUGUGCUCCGGCCUCGUAGCGGCAAAGCCGCAGCCCUUUGUCCCCGCCGGUUGCCAGCACUGGUGCGGCACUCGCGCUCCCCUCCGCUCCGAUUGCAACAAGGGCGAGUGCGCCGGGUGUGCCGCCUGCACCGUCAUGGAUGCUCCCACUUGCACCUCAGACAUCCCGGGUGACUUUGGUAACGCGCGCUGUCUGACGUGGUGCGCCGUUCAGUGGGGCGUCUCCUCGCCCGAUUGCAGCCGCUGCGCGUGCCGUGGCUGCGAGCGGUGCGCCGGCUGGUCGGCGGCUGCUGACGCCGGCCCGCCGGCAUGCACGCCAAAAAUCAAGGGUGAUAGCGACACGCCACAGUGCAAAUCGAACUGCGCGGCGUGGCGCGCAUACGAGGACUGCCAGCUCUGUCGCUGCUCAACGUGCAAGUUCUGCCCCCCGCCGCCACCACCCACGCCUUGGCUACCACCCGGGCCGAGCCCGCCGCCCUCUCCCUCGCCGCCUCCAGAGCCGCCUCCUCCGCCGCCGCCGCCUCGGCCGCCACCGUCUCCUGGCCCUUCGACGCCGCCGCCGCCGCCGCUACCGCCGCCGCAAAUGCCUCCGCCCGGGGCCCUUUCGCUCUGCGACUGGCCGCGCGUCCAGCGGCACUACGACCACGCCGGGCGGAGGGAGGGCCGCAACGCCGAGUGCCUCUCGCAAGCUAGCCCGCAGCCUCUCGCCGCCACGGCCGCCGCGCUGCCGCCGCCUCCGCCGCAGUUGUGGCGCCCGCCCGCACCGCCGACCAUGCUGGCGGGCGUGGCUUGGACGGACGCAGCGGCGGUCCUCGCUAUGGUGGCCAUGGCCUGCUGGAUCGUCGCCCUCCGGUGUCCACCGUCGGCACCGCCGCGUAGCAGCGUCUAUUCCGACGACGAGAGCAGCAGCGGCAGCAGCGACGGCGAAGAGGAGGACGACCAGGCGGAGGGGCCCCAUCGCAGGGUGGCAGCCGACGGCGUGCUCGCGGCGGCCAAGGAGCCGCCCGCGGGGCGCACGGCAUCUGCGUUUGACUCGCCAGCCUUCAACUACACGAUGGACGCAGAGGACGACAUCACAUGA